CGUCACUCCCACGACUUCUGGAGAAGUCCUGGAUGACUGAGCCUGCAGUGGAACAAGUUCCGCACCCCCUCCAGCGGCAGAUUGUUUCCCCUCAGAAAAACGCGAUAUUAAGGCACGCAAUGAGCCAUUAACUGAAGCUGGCGUUUCCUCAGCGUGCCUCUGAAACCAAGCCGCUCGGCCUUGUGUGAUCUAUGAAGCAGGUACUUGAGGGGACCUAUUGGCAGGUGCUUUGGUCCAAUCAGCUCUCUCCCUGCGCAGCGUCAAGCCACACUGAAGGUUGGAGGCGCUUUUAGUUGGUGCGCACUUGUGCACAGAAACGCUGCGAGUGCGCAUUGACUCCAUGGAUCAGGACAAUUUGCAGCACUGUUGAGUUUUGUAGCAGCAUCUCCACUGGACAAGCUUGUGAAGGCGAACCCCCCUCGGCAGCCCUCCAUUUUUGGUCAUGACUCAUCUCUGAGAGGGAGCUUAUUUGUUUUUCCAGCGAGAGGAAGGAAAGACUGAUCACUUUGUUCUGGUGUCGGACUCUGUUUCUGCAAAGAGAUGAUGUUUUCGUCUGCAGGAAAGCGCUGCUUCACCAUAGAGUCUCUGGUCGCCAAAGAGAACCCCCUGAGCGCUGAGGAUCCCAUCCGUCCGACGGCUUUGAGUUACUCCAACCCGACGACAGAUGCCUUAAUGAACAGUUACCAGGCUCCGCCGGCCAGGUCCCUCUAUCAGACCCCGGACCUGGUGUUCCCAGAGACGGUAAACCACCCGUCCCUCACCGUGGCUCCUCACCAGCUCGGAGGCUCCCACCUACAGCAUCCGCACUUCUUCGGGACGCAACACCGAGACCCGCUCAACUUCUACCCCUGGGUGCUACGGAACAGGUUUUUUGGACACAGAUUUCAAGGUAACGACGUGCCCCAGGACAGCCUGCUUCUCCACGGUCCUUUUGCCAGAAAACCCAAACGCAUCCGGACAGCCUUCUCUCCCUCCCAGCUCCUCCGUCUGGAAAGAGCCUUCGAGAAGAACCACUACGUCGUAGGAGCCGAGAGGAAGCAGCUGGCGAACAGCUUGAGUUUAUCUGAAACACAGGUGAAGGUGUGGUUCCAGAACAGGCGGACCAAGUACAAGCGACAGAAGCUGGAGGAGGAGGGACCGGAGAGCCAGCAGAAGAAGAAGGGGAACCACCACAUCAACAGAUGGCGCAUCGCCACCAAGCAGGCCAACUCUGAGGACAUAGACGUGACCUCAGAGGACUAA